UUGCCGGCUCAGACUGAACUCUGAUAUAAAAUCCUUCUGCUUCUCAAGUUCGUCACAAUCUCUUCUGCCGUCACAGCACAAUGACCACCAAGGUGCUCCUCCUCCUGGCCCUAGUGGCAGCCGCCGCCGCCGAUGGACAGUCCCAAGAGAACCAUUAUGACGGGUACCGGGACGACCCUCAGUACGAGUAUCACUACGGCGUGCAGGACAACUACGGCAACAACCACGGCAAGCAGGAGUCGCGGAACGGAAAACGCAUCGACGGCUCCUUCUACGUGUACCUUCCUGACGGCACCAUGCAGAAGGUGUACUACUACGUGGACGGCGACUCUGGCUUCGUGGCUGACGUGCAGUACGACAGGGCUCACUACGACAGUGACGAGAGGCCGCACGACAGUCCUGAGCGUCGCGAGGGGCGGGGGAGCUACAGGUCAAGGGAAGACUCGAAUGAAUACGGCGAUCGAAGCUGAUUGACUGAUUGAUUGACUGAUUAACUGUUAAGGUGCAGCAUCAACGGGUUCUUUUGUGAUUGUUGCAAGUUCAAACCAGCAAGUGUGGAGAUACAGGUGAAGGUAACAGGUGUGGCGAUACAGGCAACGGUACAAGUAAUGACAGGACGGAUGUGUUACUUGGUGUAGGCGUAUGUGUCAUGUUGCUCGAUGUUUCUGCCUCGUACUAAUGUUUUCUGCAUCAACACCACGUCACUCUGCGUCACCGCCAUCGUCAUCACCACCGUCAUCAAGCACCACGCACUAGUCAUGUAAUACAAAAUAUAUAUCUUGACCAAAAAAGUAUUCAGAUAGAA